GCCAUUCUUCCCGCGAGAGUCGAGACCGGUGAGGUUCUCUCCCGGCUCUUUCUCGGCGGUGUCGCUUGGGAAUUGGAGGAAUAGAACUAGGGUUAGGGUUUGUCUUUUCAUCUUUCCAUGGCUGCUACUCCGGCCAAGAUUGGUCUCCUUGUUCCUUUGCGAAGCGACUUUGUGGUUGAUAAAUCAAUCUCUGAAAUUCCCAUUCUUGAAGGUGUUAAUGUUAUUGGACGCAACAAUCUAAAUGUCUCUGACAAGAGAGUUAGCCGCAAGCAUGUCAGUUUGCAGGCAUCACCUGAUGGUUCUUCUGAACUUGUUGUGGAAGGAUCAAAUCCACUGGUUUUGAAAUCAGGAAACCAGAGGAAAAAACUUUAUACUGGAGAGAAAGCCGCUUUGCUUCAUGGUGACAUUCUGGAGUUAGUUCCUGGAAGUCAUUGUUUCAAGUAUGAACUUGUUUGUGUCGACCAUGCCUCUUCAUCAAACCCUAGUUCAAACUUUACAUUUAAAGGGAAAAGAACAAGCGUUGAUGAAGCUUUGCAGAUAAAAAAACACCGACAAGCUGAUGGAACUGGAGCCAUUGCAGUGGAUUUUCAGGGAGAGCAUCAAAACAUUAGUGUGAUGAGAUCCUCUUCAAUCAGCAGUUGCUCUCAGUCAGAAUUAGCUACUAAUCUUGAUUCUUGUAAUGGUUUGGAAGUUCUUCGACAAUUUCAUUUUUUGGAAGAUAUAGCGUCCUUGACCUUUCGUCUAAUGCAAGUUAAAGGUCUUCCAUCAUGGGUGAAUUCAUCAUCAGUUACUAUUAAAGAUGUGAUUCAGGGAGAUGUGCUUGUUGCCAUUCUCUCUAAUUAUAUGGUCGACAUUGACUGGUUAUUAUCUGCAUGCCCAGCUAUGAAGAGGAUUCCUCAUGUUCUUGUAGUUCAUGGUGAAUCAGGUGCUGCAGUGGAACAUAUCAAGAAAACCAAGCCCCCAAAUUGGAUUUUGCACAAGCCUUCCCUUCCUAUUUCAUAUGGAACACACCAUUCCAAGGCUAUGCUUCUUAUUUAUCCGAAAGGGUUGCGGGUUGUUGUUCACACCGCAAACUUGAUCUUUGUUGAUUGGAACAACAAAACACAAGGUCUAUGGAUGCAAGACUUCCCCUGGAAAGAUCAAAACUCCGGCACAGGAUCCCCUUUUGAAAAUGAUCUUGUCGAUUAUCUCAGCAUGUUAAAGUGGCCUGAGUUCAGUGUUAAUUUGCCCAAUGUUGGCCACAUCAACAUCAAUGCGUCAUUCUUCAGGAAGUUUGAUUAUAGCAAUGCUGCGGUUCGGUUGAUCGCAUCUGUUCCUGGAUAUCAUAUAGGCCCCAAUCUGAAAAAAUGGGGUCAUAUGAAAGUCAGAAGCAUUCUCGAGGAAUUUGUUUUUGACAAAGAAUUUCAUAAAUCCCCUCUCAUUUAUCAGUUUUCUUCCCUUGGUUCUCUAGAUGAGAAGUGGUUGUCAGAGUUUUCAUUUUCUAUGUCUUCUGGUGUUACGCAUGAUAAAUCCCCGCUGGGCAUUGGAAAGCCCCUUAUAAUCUGGCCAACUGUUGAAGAUGUCAGAUGCUCACUUGAGGGCUAUGCUGCUGGUAGUUGCAUUCCAAGCCCCCAAAAGAAUGUGGAGAAGGAUGUUUUGAACAAGUAUUGGGCAAAAUGGAAAGCAACUCAUGUUGGCCGCUGUCGUGCCAUGCCUCAUAUAAAGACUUACACCCGAUAUAACGGCCAAAAUCUUGCGUGGUUCUUGCUAACUUCAGCAAAUUUAAGCAAAGCUGCAUGGGGUGCAUUACAAAAGAAUAACUCCCAACUUAUGAUACGUUCUUAUGAGCUAGGGGUGCUGUUCUUGCCCACAACUGUGCAGAGACAUGGAUCUGUGUUUAGCUGCACAGCAAAUGGCAAACCGGAACAGGGUGAAAGGGUUCCUCCCAAAAAUGGUGAUACAUUCAAAUCCAAGUUGGUUACACUUUGCUGGAAAGAAAAUGGGAGAAUAUCCUCAUCUACUGAGGCAGUUCAAUUACCAGUACCGUAUCAACUCCCACCCCAGCCAUACACACAUGAAGAUGUUCCCUGGUCAUGGGACAGGCGAUACACGAAGAAAGAUGUAUAUGGUCGUGUCUGGCCCUAACAUGUUCAGCUCUAGGUGUAGGAAGGAUCAUGCAUUUAUUUUCAUUUGCAAUGCUAAUUAGUUGUUUAAGGCAACCAGGAAUGGAGACUCAACGACUACCAUUUCAUUGUAAUAGGUAAGAUGGUUUCCAAUGUUGAAAUUCAUGCACAAUAUCA